AUGCAUGACUUGGAGUAUGAGAAGCGGGGUGAGAAGUAUAGGGGAUCUAGUGAUUUUGGAAUAAGUUCAAUAAGAACUGUAUCCCCCCAGGCAGAUAGUAUGUUCCAGAAAAAGAGCCCAUUCUUCGAGGACUCUGUUCCCGGCACUCCAAUUUCUAGGUCAGGUAACUCUCCACCGAGAUACAGUGUGGGAGCAGGGGAUCCCUUCUUUGACAAUUUCUCAAGGUAUGAUUCCUUCAGUGCGCAUGACCAUGGCUUUUCUCCCCAACGGGACACCCUCACGAGGUUUGACUCCAUAAACAGCACCAGGGGCUUUGAUCAUAGUCAAGACUUCUCUUUUGACGAAUCUGACCCGUUUGGCUCAAGUGGUCCAUUUAAGGUCUCAUCAGAGAGUCAAACUCCAAGGAAGGGUUCUGAUAACUGGGGUGGUUUCUAA